AAGGAUAAUUAAUUGAAAUCGGAUGGACCCUCUUGGACCCACUCCUGUCUAUAGUCUUCCAUAAACCACCCUUUCAAUAUUUCACGCCGACCUUGAAAGUGAUUUAUAUAAAGCUGAAUCCUGGCUAAAACCUUUCUCUGGAACGCGAUCUUUGUUAUUAUCAUCAGGGUCGGUCAAACCAACCCCGACUUUUUAUCUCUCUUUAUACAGCACCCAUAGCAACAUAUAUAUCCCCACCCUUUCAACUAAACUCCUUCAGGGGGAUCCUUGACAGUUGCCACUCACCACGCAGAUCCAGCACGUCAGCCGCAUGCCCAUCCUUUUUCACUUAAAUAACUCCAUCUCCUCCAAUUCGCUCAGUACAUUCUUUCUACCAUGCCAAAACGUAUCCCUACCCCUCCUCCCGGUGACGAUGAACCUCGCUACCUCACCGUAGUUCACCCUUAUGUCCUUGAUGGACACUGUAAUAUGGAACUACCAAAGGACAGACAAGAUUUUGCCCGCUGGGUGGCGUGUUGCAUCGACGCCAAGUAUUUUUACGCGUUCUUCCAUAAGCCCAGUGCACGCGACAUGGUUAUCAUCGAAAUCGCUCGCGAGUGCCCCCGGCUCGAUCGCUUACUCGGCGAGCAUCGCUGGAGAGAGUUCCUCAAUAACGCCACAAACCACGAGCAGGAUCAAGUAACAAAGGUCUUCUAUUGCACUUAUAGCACAGGAAGACAAGUACAGAAAAAUGGCUGGAAGCGUAUUUUCGUCGAAGACGCUUGGUUUAAGACCUGGUCGCCGAACAAUCAUUUAAUCGCUUUUCCUUACCCUGAAACCCAUUUUUGUGAGGUGCCGAUUGAGGAUCAGACCAAUCAUCCCAUGUGCAGGCCCCUUCCCGGCGCUGUAAAGCCGCCUCCCCCUGAGACGCUGACGGCUCCUGCACCAGUCGUCGGUUCCAAAGCAUGGACAACCAACAAACAGCUCCCCGCUCCCAUCGCAAAGGCAGCGGGAGGUGCGUGGUCUAAAGGCGCCCCAAAAUCGACAGCACCAAUCGGCAAUGCAUGGAAGGCUGCCAUCGCUACUUCCGCUCCGCCCAUCGCAGGGCUCAAGAAGCAGCCCGCAAUUGGUGGCGGGCCCGUCGCAGUAAAAGCAUCCGAUGUUUGGGUCGGUCUUCCUGCGCCCUCAGGCCUGGGGCCAAACGGGUGGUCAGACUCCCCCGCUGCAUCAGGAAGGAACACUCCCCUCAGCGGAGCCCCCUCUCCCCUACCCAGAACCUUAUCCAAUCAAUCUCCCACCGCCCCUCCCGGUCUGAGCGGUCCAAAAGCCUGGGGCGCAGGAACGUCCUACCCAACCCAUCCCCCCGGAAUCCCAACACCACCCAACGCACCCCGCAUCGAGACAGCACCCAGCCUCGACCGCGACAACACAAGCGUCACAAGCUGGAGCUCCAGCGGCGGGUCCUCCAGCACAGGCACCGAAAUCGUGCUCACGCCCGAAACCGCGCCCGACGAUCCCGAUCCCGAUCCAUACAAAGUCCAAGUGCAAAUCUCCGAAAGCAUGGAACGUGCACUAGACGGGAUGUCUAUCCACCAUGACCUCGAUCCUAAUCUCGCCGAGUGGGACUCGAUCGCGCCUGGGAAGUGGGACGAGCCGACGAGUACGCAGGUGUGGUCUGAUUAUCCGAGUGGGGAGGGUGUUACGUGGGACGAUGCGCCUGUGGAUGCUGAGACGCAGUGGAGGGAGCUGGGGGAGGAUAAGGAGCAGGAGAAGCCGAUUAUAUGCAAUGCGCAUGGGAUUAUUUGCAAGAAGGGGAUUUGCAGGGAGUAUGCGAAGCAGGUGAGGGAUGCGGAGAAGGCGCAGAGUCAUGCGGGUGGGGGUGCUAAGAAGGGGAAAGGGAGGGGGAGGGGGAGGGGAUUUGGGAGGGGUGGUGGGGAACGUGGGGGAGGUUCUGAGCGCGGUGGCGGUGGCGCUCCUGAUGCUUUCCGAGGACGCGGUGCGGCUGUGAAGUCGAAUUGGCGGGGCACCCCGCGGGCGAUCGUGUCUGCUGCUGCUAUCGAGCGCCGGGAGAGCAUCAACGACGCGGAAUCUGUUGCUGAUGAGACGCCGAAUGCGUGGGGGAAUACGACGGAUUCGGGGUGGGGUGCUGGUGGAGAGGAGCCUGAGGAGGGAGUGGAGGCGCAGCCUGCGGACGAUGAUGAUGGCUGGGGGAAAUCUGAGGCUAGCUUUGAUCCUUGGAAGCCUGAGCCUGCGCCUGAGCCUGAGCCUUGGGUUCAGCAGAGGCCGCAGUCCCAGUGGAAGCAACAGCCUCAGCCUCAAUCCCAGUGGAGGACCCAAUCCCAACAGAAACCUCCGUUCCAGCAGAAGCCCCAGCCGCAGUCCCAGUGGAGGUCCCAACCCCAGCAGAAACCCCAGCCGCAGCAGAAGCCCCAGCCGCAGUCUCAAUCCCAAUGGAGGGCCCCGCAGCAGCAGAAACCGCAGCCCCAACCUAACACGAGCACCAACACCAACACGGGCACCAAUACCAAUACCAAUACCAAUAACGCCUGGUCCAAUAAGAAGACACCUAAUUCGUGGGCAGACGAGGUGGACGCCCAUAGCGCUGCUGGAUACCCCUCUGAAGACAAUUUUUCCAGUGUCGCUAGCAAGCGUGGAGGUGGAGGUGGAGGUGGGCGCGGGCGCGGACGUGGGGGUGCGAAGGUUCCUGCUCCAAAGAGCUCUACUAGUGGAUGGGGUACUGUUGACGAGCAGCCUUGGUGAGGUGAAGGUGUGCCGCAAGUUGAAGGGACGUGUAUCGUUGCCGCGCUGGUUUUUUUUUCUCCGCCUGAGGCCUGACUCUGAGUCUUGUAUUCCUAUCUGAACCUUUGGUUGUACUUUUUCAUUCGUUGGUAUUGUGGUUGGGUUGUACUUGCCAUUCGUUGGUCGAUAUGUACCAUACUCUGAUUGAUAUUCAUACCUACGUCCUUUGCAGAAUCACGUUUUGAUUUGUCCAAA